ACCAACAGUUGGAAGUUCGUGUGGCAGGCCAGGCAAGUUGAAAAUGGCUGAUUCAGAUUUCGAGUUCGCAUCUGACAACGGGGUGUUGCCUGUCGAGGUGGACCCAGCUGCAGCUUUCUUAGCUCAGCAAGAAAGCGAAAUAGCGGUGAUAGAGAAUUACGACGAAGGACUCGGAGCUUUGGAGGGGUCCGCUGAGUUCCUCGAACAACCGCCGACAGCUGAUUCACCUGCUCCUGUACAAUAUGAUGCCGGAUUUGCAGAGGCAUCAGCGGCCACGGUAAACGGAAACAUGUUUGUGCUGGAGUCCAACGGUCCAUUGGACAGCUAUGCGGCCAUCGCCCAGGUGGAUUCUCUGAGAGCAGAGCCUGAGAGCCUGCGUAAGUGGAGGGAGGAGCAGAAGUCACGGCUGGAGCAACUAGACUCUGCGUCCAAGGCAGCGGAGGCUGAGUGGAAAGAGAAGGCCAAGAAAGAGCUGGAGGACUGGCAUGUGCACCAGAUUGAACAGAUGGAGAAGAACAAGGCCAACAACAGGGCGUCUGAAGAGGCCUUCCUGUCUGAGGCUGACGGCGACAGCCCAGGGACGGAGUGGGAGAGAGUGGCCCGUCUCUGUGAUUUCAACCCCAAGACCGCCAGGACGGCCAAGGACGUGUCCCGGAUGCGCUCGGUCCUCAUAGCCCUCAAACAGACACCUCUGGUGCGCUAGUACGGCCAAUGGAACGGUGGAGUGGCGACGAAGGUUUCCCUUCUUUUAAAACAGCUCUUGAGUUAUGAACCCUGUUCGCAUUUAGGCAGAAUGUGUACUAGCCUCUAAUCGUAUAGGUCUUCUUCUGAUGUAGGGUUCUUUUAUGUUCAGACCCUCCUAUGUCUCUGCUACGUGUCCCUCCUGUUUCUGCUACGUGUCCCUCCUGUUUCUGCUACGUGUCCCUCCUGUUUCUGCUACGUGUCCCUCCUGUUUCUGCUACGUGUCCCUCCUGUUUCUGCUACGUGUCCCUCCUGUUUCUGCUACGUGUCCCUCCUGUUUCUGCUACGUGUCCCUCCUGUUUCUGCUACGUGUCCCUCCUGUUUCUGCUACGUGUCCCUCCUGUUUCUGCUACGUGUCUCUCCUGUUUCUGCUACGUGUCCCUCCUGUUUCUGCUACGUGUCCCUCCUGUUUCUGCUACGUGUCCCUCCUGUUUCUGCUACGUGUCCCUCCUGUUUCUGCUACGUGUCUCUCCUGUUUCUGCUACGUGUCCCUCCUGUUUCUGCUACGUGUCCCUCCUGUUUCUGCUACGUGUCCCUCCUGUUUCUGCUACGUGUCCCUCCUAUGUUUCUAACUGGAGGAAAGGUAACGUGGAACACUUUUAAUGUGGAACGUUCCCGACUGCUCUCUGUCCUUUUAACGUGGAACGUUCCGUUUGUCCUUUUAAUGUGGAACGUUCCCGACUGCUCUCUGUCCUUUUAACGUGGAACGUUCCCGACUGAUCUCUGUCCUUUUAACGUGGAACGUUCCGACUGCUCUCUGUCCUUUUAACGUGGAACGUCCCGACUGAUCUCUGUCCUUUUAACGUGGAACGUCCCGACUGCUCUCUGUCCUUGGAACGUUCCACGUUAAGACACGUUAAAUUGUGUUACAGUAAAGUCUUUAUUAAACUCCUUCCUGCUCCUAAACUACAGAGGAUAUUGGGUCAGACCCCUCUCUCUCUCUCAAGCAUGAUGCCUCUCCCAAUAAGUGUUUUGUAAUUUUAUAAAAUACCAGAUUAGUUUAAUCUCCACUGUAAUUUGUAUUUUAUUUCAUGUGUAAAGGUCUAACAUGUCCUGUUCAGGAACUACAUUAGGAGUAGAUUAGGAGUUACUACAUUAGGAGUAGAUUAGGAGUUACUACAUUAGGAGUAGAUUAGGAGUAACUACAUUAGGAGUAGAUUAGGAGUAGACUACAUUAGGAGUAGAUUAGGAGUUACUACAUUAGGAGUAGACUACAUUAGGAGUAGACUACAUUAGGAGUAGACUACAUUAGGAGUAGAUUACAUUAGGAGUAGAUUACAUUAGGAGUAGAUUGUAAACCACCUAUGCCUGUUUGUUUUUUUAAAUUAAGAAUUGAUUAAUUUACCUAAUAAUUCACUGUUGGAUAAUAUUCCUAAUUCAUUAUUUAACGGUAGCUAGUAGUAAUUGAUUAUUUAACGGUAGCUAGUAGUAACUGAUUAUUUAACGGUAGCUAGUAGUAACUGAUUAUUUAACGGUAGCUAGUAGUAACUGAUUAUUUAACGGUAGCUAGUAGUAACUGAUUAUUUAACGGUAGCUAGUAGUAACUGAUUAUUUAACGGUAGCUAGUAGUAACUGAUUAUUUAAGGCUGCCAGGGUCUCUCUGACCCACACAGACACGGGUGAUCAACUCAUAACGCUGCCCGGGGUCACUCUGACCCACACAGACACGGGGGAUCAACUCGUAACCCUGCCCGGGGUCACUCUGACCCGCCGAGACAACGGGAGGGUUAACGGUAGCUAGUAGUAACUGAUUAUUUAACGGUAGCUAGCAGUAACUGAUUGUGUAACGGUAUCUAGUAGCUAGCAGUAACUGAUUGUG